AUGCCCACCGACGCUCCUACCCAGGGCUCCCAUCCCGCCCAUGACCCCACAGGCUUAUCUUCCCCCUCAUCAUCAUCCUCACCUGCCCUCCCAGUAUUCGACCACUUAGCCUUCCCUCACAUCUUCGACGGCGUCCUGUCCCACGCCGACCCCGAGACGCUUCUCGUGUUAGCGCGCACGAGCCACAUCGUCCGAGCGCGUGUCCAGCCCCACUUCUAUCGACACAUUGCACUAGCUACCGCGCGAGACGAGCACGGAGCCGUCGUGAGACUCCCAUGUGCCCCAUAUCGUGUGCUGAACGCGUGGGAACAGCCCGAAGGCGAGGACGAUGACGAGUGGAGAGAAAGCGCGACUCGGUCGCUCGCAAUCACUCAGUGUGUGGAUCUGUGCGCCCCGUUCGUCUGGCACGCUUCGAGACUCCCUGCCCCGAUGCUCCGAAAGGUACGGACAGGCGUAGCUGGUGUGCGUUCCUUCCCCGCUUGGCCUGCGGCCUCAUGCCCACGCAUAGUAUUAGGUGCCAAAGGCUAUCUCCCCUUCGACGAGUGGGUGCGCGUCCGCGCACGGGUUUUUGUCACGCACAUGGAUCUCCAUACAUGGCCGCCUCAGCCAUCGUGGCUGUACGACCUCGAAUACAGUGACGAGGAGGAGGGGUCGCAGUACCAUGCGUCUAGACCGAGCGCCGUGCUCCAGGUCGCCAUGCCCUCCGAGACGCAGCGACUUGUGCUCCACCUGCACUGGGCGGGUACAUUGCGGGCGGGAACCGAUGUCCAGAUCCUCCCGCAAGCACUGGGAGAGCACGCGGACGUUGUUGUCGUCCUACACCCACCGAGCGUUGAGGAGGGUGUAGGCGACGACGGGUGGUUCGCCACGCUCCUACAGCAUCUCGUCAAAGUCGCGGUACAGCGGCGCGCGCUCGUAACGAUCGUGGGCGUCGAGGUGUGCUCUGACGCCGAUCUCGGUAUGCGGCCACGGUCGCGCCCUGUCGCGAAGUGGCAACGCACACUGCCCAAGCCUCAACCGCUCCGCCGUGGGGAGGAGCUCGUUGCAGCCGUCAUGCGCCUCUUAGACAGCACGCAUGAACGGGCGUGGUGCGACGUUACCAGCGCGCAAAUGGAAGCGUGCCGUAUCAUGUGGGCGGCCGGGACACCUGAUGUGGAGGGACUGAGUGGCCAGGUCCGCCUGCAGACCUUGGAUGCGUGGGUGCAAACGGCCGAUCCACUUGAGAGUGGCCCAGUUCCAAUUCUCAGUGAGGCGGAAGCUGGGCGCGUCUGGGCAAAGUGGACAGAGUAA